AUGGCCGGAGGAAUACCUUGCGUAGUUUUUGAGCAAAGUGGGGAAUCGGUAUUGAUUAACCCGUUUCUCACUCAAGGUAACAGUAACAAAGUGGUUGAUCAGUGUGAAGGUGAGUCAAAACAACCGAAUACACUCAUUUCUUCCCAAGAUCCUGGUAUGCGCCAUUACAUCGAUCUCAAUCUUCAUGGAUCUACCAAAGUACCCCUUAUCUCAUUCAGGAUUUGCUACCAUGCUAAUCAGUAUACGAUCGGGAUUGCUUUCAACAACCAAUACGUUUUAUCCCUCCAGCGCCUAGCAAUGCGCUACUGGCAAUCAAUUUCUCGCUUAUACCCUAUCUCCUCUCCUCUUUAUCUCCUCACUGUCCUUCUUUUCCUAUCAUGGAAUAUUCUUCCCACCUCUGGUCUCGAUUGUGCCAAAGCCAAAAGGGACUGGUUAACGUACCGUUACAAGGUCAUGGUAACCGGUGUACCCUCUUCCUCUUACCAUCAAACUGUCUGUCCGAUUCCUGAGGGUAAUUCCUGUUGUGAUAAACAGAUGGAAAUGGAUAUAUUUGCCGUGGGUGAACGGGAACUCUCUGCCUCCCUUGCGUCCUGGCUCAUUCCCGUUGCCGAACAAAUGGAAACUGAUAGUGUUGCUCUGGACUGAGCCAUCUCUUUUACUGAUCUUGACUUGGCAGAAUACACUUUUUUAUAUCUGCUAUACAUCAUCUCGCAGCUAAAGACCUGCAAACUUUCGCCCUCUCCAAUUUACACUCCGUCAAAUGAUGUAAAUGAAUAUGGAUAUCCCUACCGUGCAUAUGUCCUCAGCGUUCUUAUGGGUUACAAUAUUUGGGUGGAAUUCGGUCUUCAUGAAUACCUAAUUUAUCCUUUCUAUUGCCUGCUUGUAGACUUCUUCCGAUCCGACUUGACCGAAGCCCGCAAUCGACUACACGAGGCCUUUAGUGGAAUCUACGGCUACAAUUACAAAGUGAAUCAUGCUUUCUUCUUUCAAUUCUUCAACGACUUGGAAGCCUACAUGGCAGGCCGGCGGGGUGAUUUGGGUCAACUUGUGACUUCCUUCUUCGCCCAACUUCGAACCUCUAUUGUCGUCUUGAUGGAAAAAGCGGAGGGAGCUGCCUCCGGUGAUGUGAAUUCUGCAUCGGCAAGUGGUGGUGCUGCUGGUGCUCCUAAUACUCAAAGAAUAAAUUGCCUUUCGGAGGCACUGGGCAAGCAGAACGCUUUCGAUCUCACCGAUGUCCAUCUCAAGGACCAAUUCCUCCAGGUCUAUCCACCAGCUAGAAUGCUCGUCAACUCACUGGCAGCGACGGCUAAACUCAUCAGGACUGUUGUGGAAGAUGUGAGUUGGACUCGCGUUAUAUAUUUAUUUAUGCCUUCAUUAGUGAAGAAAGAUGAUUACAAUCAGUUACAUAAGGAAGGAAUGAGGACCAUCUAUAUUUAUCGCGUUGCUAUCCAACCCAAUUCUUAUUCGAACCUUAUAAUUGGAUAA